GGAAUACAAGCGGUUUCCCAUCGGGUCAUCCUUUUAGACGCCAAGGUACGGACACUUCAGAAGGCCAACAAAGCACUUUCCAAGCGCCGCAGGGCCAAACGGACGCAGAAGGGUGUAGUAGAAGGGGAAGGGCGCGUCGAGGAGGAAAAUGAAGGGCCAUCAAUGCUUCGGACGGGUUCGCGGCUCUAUGGCAUCUGCCGCAAGACUAGCCAUAAUGCAAGGACAUGCCCGGAGGCUGGAGAAAUAGAUAGCUCAAGCGAUUCUAAGUAGUUUCAAUUGAUCGCAUCAGAUUUUGGUGGACUUUUGGCAGUUU